ACUGGAUUCACAAACCUCCAUCAGCCCAAACUUCAGACUGGAUCACCACACUGAUCUGGCCACAUCGCUCAGGAAAGAUACGUUUCCCUGGGAUUCUCCGCUCUUAAAUGUUACUCCGCAAGUGGACUGGAUUUCGGAGUUUGCCUUCCCGAUACAGAGGCGUUGAUGGAGGCUUCCGAUGCAGCUCUGUGGAGACAGGAAGCUCAAGUUUUCCUGGCCAAGACUCAGAAAAUUCCAGCGGGAACCGUGUGUCCUUCUCUCCGUCUCUUUUGGCCGCUGGGCUGGAGGAGAUCGGUGUGGAAAAUGCCCUUCCUUCAAAGAGUCCUUUUCCAUCACAGCUGAAGACCGGUGGGGUAACAGAAGCCCUGGAGCUCAACAGCCCAAAAAGCAGCUCAGGAGGAACCAGCAUGAAGUUCCUACACCCUGGGCCUCUUUUGAGAGCCAUGUCUGUGGACCCCCAGCCUGGUAUUCAGGCCAACGACGACAGAAUAGAUGUUCCAAGGCGCCCGGAGUACAGCCUACUCUCUCCCAGUUCGACCCUUCGGAGGAGGAAUUCCUUAUCUCACCCUCCUAACCCUAAAAAGGAGGACUUUAAUUCCGAUCAGCCGUUGGCUAGUAGUAAGAGAUGGAGCGACUCGCAGCCGGAUCUGCAGGCAAACUUUUUGGAAGAGACGCAAAGGAAGGCGAAGCUCCGAGAAUCUGGCUACUCGCUUGCAGGACAGCCAAAAGAAUUUGGAGGACGGAACCUUGAGCUGGAAGUUGACAUGAUGGAAUUUGAGCUCGGUUCCCUUAGACAGAAGCAGAUGGAGAGCUCCUUUGCCUACCUAGAAAAGGAGAGAAAGUGGCUGGACGGGAUCCGUUCGGAAGGCAGGAAGCGAAAAGGGGAACUGGAUGAGAAGUGA